UAUUAAAACAGAUUGGUGUAUAUUUUGACAAUCAAAUAUUAUUUUUAAAAUCAUUUGAACUGCCUAUAUAAUAUUGGCAGCUUUUGUCUGUUUUGAAACAAUUCUCAAUUUUCCUGGAUGCUAUCAUCUAUGACUAGUCUAUGUACACGUGAUGUAGUCGGGAAGGAACUUGUGAAAGAAAUGUGAAUAUUCUAAAAAUAUUAAACUGACAAAAAAGCUGGUGAAUAUUUGAAGAAACCAUCGACAUCACAAACUUGAGGUUAAAGUCUAGACUUUAAACAGAUUAGAUUCCUAUGACAAUGGAAAGACUGGAAGAAUUGACAUUUGACUGGUAUUACUUCCGAUAUGCUGUAGUCUCCUUUGUUGUAUUUUUUUUGUUUAACACCAAGAUUGAUGAAUUUUCAAAAAGGAUUUCUCCGAAUUAUGUUCAUUUGCCAGAAGAAAAAAAGAUAAUUUGGCACACAUAUGUGUUCUCCAUGCUACAUGCAUUUAUAAUGAGUUUCCUGUCAGUGUAUGCAUUAACAACAGACAAACAGUUAUGGACAGACCCAAUAUGGUGCAAUAGCCCUGUAUCAAGAAUUUCCUGUGGUAUUUGUGUUGGAUAUAUGAUAUUUGACUUUUAUAUUAUGCUUAAGAAUUACAAGCAACUUUGGGAUUGGUUCUUUGUCUUUCAUCACUCGGCCACAAUAUAUGCUUAUUUAGCAGUAAUGUCUUAUGGCGUUCUACCAUUUUUUGCAAUAUACAGACUGUUGGCCGAAAUUUCAACACCUUUUGUAGAUUUAAGAUGGUUUAUUGAUACACUUGGUUACCCUAAAACCAGUUUACAGAAUAUGGUGAAUGGCGUAUUAAUGACACUCUCGUUUUUGAUAGUGCGGAUAUUAGUGAUGCCACACUUUUGGUACAUAGUGUACUCGGUGAUUGGGACUGACGAUUUCAAUAGAAUUGGUCAUAUAAGACUUGUACUUGUUCUUUCUUGUUUUAUUUUAGAUACGAUUAAUAUUUUUUGGUUUUUGAAAAUGUGUAGAGGAGUUAAAAAGGUUAUUACCUUGAAAUUGGAUGCAAAUAAAAAUGAAGUAGCUCAUAAAAAUGAUUAAUGUGAAUUUUUUAAAAGUAUUAAUGUUAUUUUUUAUUGGAUGCACUUAUUUAUGGUUGCUUGUAUGAUUUGAAUCAGUUAUUAUUAGUCAUGUUGGCGAACAAUCAAUGUAUGUUGUUUAUAAAUAAUGAGGUUGAUUAUCAUUUAUUUGUUAUUUAU